AUAGACAGUAUAACAUCAAACCAGGGGUGGACUGACCAUUAGGGAACUUGGGCACUGCCGGAGGGCCCGGGGUCAGUAAGGGGCCCCAUGAGAUGUCCCUGGUACCUUUCAUAGGCUUUUUUGGGUGUGGUUUGAGUGUGGGUGAUGACACAGGGGCCCCAUGAUCCCCUAUUGCCCGGGGCCCCAUGAGUUGUCAGUCUGCCCCUGCACCGUACUAAUGGCACUGGGCAAGAAGGGGUUAACAUGUGGGGCAAUCAAAGGGUUAACUGUGUGCUGUUUUACUGUGUGCUGUGUGUGUGCUUCACUGUAAGCACACUGUUUGCAUGGCUCUACUAUGCACAGCCAUGCAAAACAG